AUGGUCACGGUCACCGAUGAAAUGGGAUCCACCAAGCUGCUUGUUGACGCGGCUAAAGUGGAUAAUGAGCUGACAGUAGUGGCGGUCGACUGCGGAGAAGUGACCGGGUCACCCUCAGACGCGGACAACGUGGCAGAUGCGCUGACGGUUGUGGCGGUCGACGGAGUGAUAGCGAUCGUGUUGCCUACUGACGAGGCCAAUGUAGCAGAUGAAACGACGGUCAAAUAG